AUGCAAUUCUUUGCCCUUUCCCAAGUUUUCGUCCUCCUCUCCAUCCUCCAAGUGUUCAUGCCAGGAGCACUAUGCCUCCCAACAGCUCAACCAUCCACUGACCUCCAACUUGGAGCGGAGUCUCCAAAUCCUGCCCUCGAAGUCAGAACCAGCCUCGAAAAAAGGGAUAGCUGGGACUGUAAAGGUUCCAGUAACUGCGCCGGAGUAUCUGCAGACGCUUGUCGCCGAGCAUUUAGCCGCUUCCUCGUCGGCCCCGACGAAGUAAUCAGACGCGAGACAAGAUAUUCCGAGCGUUAUGAUGGAAUCGGCCUUCACAGCUGUCUUGCCAUCUACACUUGUUCCAACCCGGCGGACUAUGUGUCUGCCGCAAACGCAGGGGUUGCGACUGGUAGAAACCUUUGGUCCAAGUAA